AUGUCUAAGUCAGAGUCUCCCAAAGAGCCUGAACAGCUGCGGAAGCUCUUCAUCGGAGGUUUGAGCUUUGAAACAACCGAUGAGAGUCUGAGGAGCCAUUCUGAGCAAUGGGGAACGCUUACGGACUGUGUGGUAAUGAGAGAUCCAAACACCAAGCGCUCCAGAGGCUUUGGGUUUGUCACGUAUGCCACUGUGGAGGAGGUGGAUGCAGCCAUGAACGCAAGGCCACACAAGGUGGAUGGAAGAGCUGUGGAACCAAAGAGGGCUGUCUCAAGAGAAGAUUCUCAAAGACCUGGUGCCCACUUGACUGUGAAAAAGAUUUUUGUUGGUGGCAUUAAGGAAGACACUGAAGAACAUCACCUAAGAGAUUAUUUUGAACAGUAUGGGAAAAUUGAAGUGAUCGAGAUCAUGACUGACCGAGGCAGUGGCAAAAAGAGAGGUUUUGCUUUUGUAACAUUUGAUGACCAUGACUCUGUAGACAAGAUUGUCAUUCAAAAAUACCAUACUGUGAAUGGCCACAACUGUGAAGUAAGGGAAGCCCUAUCUAAGCAAGAGAUGGCUAGUGCUUCAUCCAGCCAAAGAGGUCGAAGUGGUUCUGGAAACUUUGGGGGUGGUCGUGGAGGUGGUUUUGGUGGGAAUGACAACUCUGGUCGUGGAGGGAACUUCCGUGGUCGAGGUGGCUUUGGUGGCGGUUGAGGUGGUGGUGGAUUUGGUGCCAGUGGGGAUGGCCAUAACGGAUUUGGUAAUGAUGGUGGUUAUGGAGGAGGCGGCGCUGGUUACUCUGGAGGAAGCAGAGGCUACGGAAGUGGUGGACAGGGUUAUGGAAACCAGGGCAGUGGCUGCGGCGGGAGUGGCAGCUGUGACAGCUAUAACAACGGAGGAGGCGGAGGCGGCUGUGGCGGUGGUAGUGGAAGCAACUUUGGAGGUGGCGGAAGCUCUAAUGAUUUUGGCAGUUACAACAAUCAACCCUCAAAUUCUGGACCCAUGGAAGGAGGAAAUUUUGGAGGCAGAAGCUCUGGCCCCUAGGGUGGUGGAGGCCAAUACUUUGCCAAACCACGAAACCAAGGUGGCUGUGGUGGUUCCAGCAGCAGCAGUAGCUACGGCAGUGGCAGAAGGUUUUAA